UCAAAUCCCUAUCAUGGCUCCCCUCACCACCUCCCUCAUUUAAAGUCCCUCCAGGGUCUUCCCUCUUCCUCUCUGUUCUCCACAUUCUUUCUCUUCAUGUCCUGUGCUCAUGACAGAGAUCUAAACGGCAUUGGGCAACCCAUUUCUCUGCGCUUUCUUUCACAUCUGUUAUGGAUCUUGCGAGAAGGAGAUUCUUGAUUUCUGGGUCUCAGCCCCUCUCGCCAUUAUCAAGCCCAGUGAGUUCAAUCCUUCGCCCACAUUCGCAUUCUGCGAGCGCCAGUUUCCCCAUUAUAGCAAUCGCUAUAAUAGGAAUACUAGCCACAGCUUUCUUGCUCGUCAGCUACUAUAUCUUCGUCAUCAAGUGCUGCCUCAAUUGGCACCGCAUAGAUCUCCUAAGACGAUUCUCUCCGUCUCGGCGGCGAGAAGAGCCACCGAUGGCUUACUCGCCGGGGGGCACAGAACCUCGAGGACUCGACGAGGCGGUGAUCCGAUUAAUCCCAGUCAUCCAUUACAGAGCAGAGGAAAACAAAGAAUCCGAAGAGCGAAGCUUCACGGAAUGCUCUGUUUGCCUGAACGAGUUUCGCGAGAAGGAGAAGUUGAGGAUUAUACCGAAUUGCAGCCACGUGUUCCACAUAGAUUGCAUCGACGUUUGGCUUCAGAACAACGCCAAUUGCCCGCUUUGCAGAACAAGCAUUUCUCUAUCCACCAGAUUCCAAAUCGAUCAGAUGCUGAAUUCCAGACCAUCCUCGCAAGAUCGACGCCCGUAUGGCGAAAAUCUCAAUGGCGGGGAUGAAGAUUUUGUGGUGAUUGAACUCAGCACUAAUGGUCACGAUAGAAACCAGAGCUCGAAUGGAACACAGGAAAGAGAAAACCCGCCUCGGGAGGUGAGUCCUUCGCCCAGGAAGAUAACGGAGCAGAAGAAAAAACCAUGGAAGUUUCAGAAAGUGACGAGCAUGGACGAUGAGUGCAUCGAUACCAGGGGAAAAGACGAGCAGUUUUCAGUGCAGCCCAUAAGGAGGUCUUUCUCCAUGGAUUCUUCAAGGGAUAGACAGUUGUACAUGGCAGUUCAAGAAGCGCUGAAGAAACAGAACAGACAAGAAGCGAGUGAGGUAUCAUCGUCCUCCAUUGAAGGGUGUAGCAGUGGUAGAGUCAAGAGGUCAUUCUUUUCCUUCGGACAUGGUAGUAGUAGAUCCAGAAGUUCGGUCCUGCCUGUUUAUGUGGACCACUGAGAUGUUUUCUUGUUUGUGGAUGCGAGCACAUCUCAUUUCUUAUUCUUAGGACUUUUGUGAAAUAGAAAUUGCCAUUAGAAUGUAAUGUAAUCAACAGAAGAAGAGCAUAGGCUUGUAACUUGUAAGACAGAAAUAUUCAAUUGCAUUUAUUUUUUCAGUUUGGAAGCCGCGGCUUCAGCU